UUUUGACGUUUUCCUCUAGACUAGUGACCUCUGAGAAUAUCUUGUCAAUGGCAUCAGUCGCAUCUGUUUGCUGCUUCUGCAGAAGGCUCCCUGUGAGGCCUGAACACAAAUACGUGCAAGUUGUCUCCAUUAUAGCAACAUUUUAGCCUUAAAAUUGGAGCAUAUUGUGUCUAGGACAUUAUUUGUAACUCUCUGUGACUCAUAUUACAGAUUUCUGAUUCCUUCAAAGUACAGGUUUCACCGAUGGAAAAACACCUUUGACGGCUCAGUUCAGCUAGCUUAGCCCUUGAUUGACGGCACUCAGGUUCGUCGCAGGAGUCCUUGAAGAGUCGCCAGAGUGGAUUAUUUUUUUUGAUCAAUAAAAAUAAGACAGCCAUUUCUAACUUCUCCAAAACAUCCUGAGGCUCAUGGAACUAAAACGUCAGGAUCCCAUUGGCUGUCCCUCAAGAAACGGGACCAUCCUGGGCCCCAAUGAAGCUCGGUACCGGUGAUGAUUACACACUGAGGUGAAAAACAGAUUUUAGAUCUGUGAAUGACCAAAGAUUUUUGCGAACGACUCCAAGAUGUUUUUGUGGCUCCAUGGAUCCCAUCCCAUUCCUGUGCCUCCUGAUUUUUGGGCGGAAAGGUGAGGGCAGGAUGUUCUUAUUUACGGGGUCUGCAUGCUACUGUGACCCCCGGCAGCAAGGUGAUUGUUGAGGUAAUAAAAGAGCGCCUGUCUGCAGCACAUCCACACUCUGCGGGGUAGUCCUGGACAAAAGGGGAUUAUUUACAUUGAUAUCAAAAGUGCCGCGUCCUGUUUCUUAAGUUAAAAAUAAAGCCGCUAAAUAUUUGCGUUUGAGACAGAUGUGUGAUGAUUGUUACCGAGUUUCCUUUUGACGACAAGAUAACGGCUGUUACCUUUGACCUCGGCUGCACAGUAGAGGCUUGAUUUGAUCGUAGGCGCUGCACAAAGGUCACUUAAACGACCGCCAAACUGAAUCACUCUAACUUUAUUAUCAAUUGUGCAAAACAACAUUGUUGAUGCUACCAAGGACAUAUGCGUGCACCUUUUGCUUUUUGUGGCUUUUUUUGUGAUUCUUAUUCCAAAAUAGGACGCCUCAACGUGCCAUGAAGGACAAAAAGAAGAACUACAUCAGAAGUGAAGUCAAAUGCCGCUCAGACAGGGUUUAAUCAUCAUGCCGAUUUCUCCCUUGGAGGAGAGACUUCGUCCUCCCCUCAAACGUGUGACGUCGCUCGUUUCCCCCCGCCAUAAAAGGUGCCUGCCCGCCGGGCCGUGGCAGUGUGCACGCAGGCGCUGGGAGGUGGCUCCCGGUUCAUCUGGCAUCUCCCGGUUCUUCUGGAUCCCUUUUAGGCGUCUCUUUUGGGAGUCGGACUCCCGAAGGAGAGGACACCGAACCCCCGGAACCGCAUCACGUUCGCAUUCUCGUGUUGGCUGUCGGUCCGGGAGCACCUGCCCGGAGGAUACGGAGCCAAGGCAGCGGGAGUCAGGGAGGAGAGCACCCCCGUCGGACGCGUCAUGGGAGCGGGGAGAACACGCACCUGAGACUUUUUUUUUUUUUAGCGGACUUCUUUUUUUCCAUCAACUUUCGUCUCUCAACCGGAAUUAUUAUCACCGACUUCCAGGGACUAUUGCCUACUUUCCGAGGGGGGCAGCGGAACUGCUUGCCGGGGAUGAUGGUGCUGUCUGCGUGCGUCAAGUUGGCCAUCAUCUUACAUUGCUCGUCCAUCACAGGCGGACAUUUGCCAGAAGAUCACUCGCCUAAAAUUUGGCCUUCUGAGAAUCCAGUCGUUCUUCAUCGCGGGGACGCUCUUAAUCUGACAUGCAGGGGGCGUGGACCACUGCACUGGACGCUUCCCACCCCGGUGGACCCUCGCCGAUCUUUUUCCAGAGACGGCAUGAAGGUGCAGCCCUGUGAUUCCAGGCAUCCGUCUCACUGCAGCAAACUGAUCAUGACGCAGAUGGGCGCCAACCACACGGGGGCGUACGGCUGUAGAUACGCCACCAGGGACGGCACGGACUACGCCGCGUCCUCCACAUACGUCUACGUCACAGAUGCCGAGCAGCCGUUUGUGGAGCCCCACCAUCAGACGCCUUACGUCCUGAGCAUCGACAGACAAGACACCAGCCUCGUCGUUCCUUGCCAUACCUCCUCCCCCAGUUUGGUCGUCAAACUGAACGCGGUCCCACAUUUGUCCGAGAAAGUUGCCAAGGAAAUCCAGUGGGAUCCGAAGGUGGGCUUCAGAAUUCCGUACGGUCCCUCGGCUGCGUACUUGAUGUUGACCUGCACGGCCGUCGUCAACGGGCGGGAGUUCAGCUCGGCGUACAUGCCCAGGAGACAGUCCGCUUUCCUGGACAAGGUGACGGUCAGCCCCGAGCGCGUCAGAGUCUUGGUUGGCGACACGCUGGUCCUCAACUGCAGCGGGCAGACCACCUUCAACGAAAGGAUCAGCUUCACUUGGGAUUUCCCCAGGAAGAAGGAAAACCGUCAUUCCACACAGGCGACCAUGGAGCGCCCGGCUCUGGUUUUUACCAUGAGCAGGACGCUCGUGUUGCCCAACGUUACAAUGGCCGACAAGGGCUUGUAUCGCUGCAAAGCGGAGACUCUGCCCACGAAACAUAAGAACGCCACAGCAAAAGUCACGGUCUACGAGCACCCGUUUAUCAACAUUUCCUACAAGCAUGAGCGGCAUGGCAGGGUGGUGGUGAAGGAGGGCAGAAAGAAGCUGGUGUUUGAACCCCGGGUCAACGCCCUGCCGCAACCGGACGUGAUGACUUGGUCCAAAGACGGCGUCCCCAUUCUGAAGAAUUCCAACUGCUACAACAUAUCCGGUUACAGCUUGAUCAUCACCGACCUGCAGCGGAACCACGGCGGGGUCUACACCAUCAGCCUCGGCAACCAAGCCAGGGGCCUGGAACGCAACCUCAGCUACACGCUGGAAAUAGAAACGAAGCCGACCGUCUCCAUGGCGGAGUUCUUCCCGGCCGACGUCCAGUCCUACAUGCUUGGCCAGCAGCACCAGCUGACCUGCACGGCCCACGGGAGGCCCGAGCCCAACAUCACCUGGCUGUGGCAGCCGUGUGUGUCCAGCCCCGCCUUUAAGCGAUGCGUCGUCUCCCCCGACCCAGUGGCGGUCAGCGUCAGCCAUGAGGGAAAGUCCAGCAACUGGAUAAAGAGCAUUCGUACCGGGGAGAACAAGACUGUGAGCACCCUGGUGAUCGGAGGCGCCCGCACAUCCGGACAUUACACCUGCUUGGCCCAGAACGAGAACGGGAAAAGCGCGAUGGCCGUGCCUUUCUACGUCAGCGAUCACCAGGAGGCCAUAUCCAUCCACCCCCCGUCCGCCCUGGAGAGGGACGACAUCACUUUGACGUGCCGGGCGUCUCGUUACAUCUACACGGACCUGCAGUGGUUGGACUCCGGGAAUCGAACCGUGACCUCAAACGUGUCCGCUCUGCAGCUCGGCCUUUACUCAAUUUCCCUUUCACUCCACGUGGGCAACGUGCAGAGAAACAGCACAGCCGGCUUCAAGUGCCGGGCGUUUCGGCAGCAGGAUAAGGCUGAAGUCAAGAUGGCUGCUGUGAACGUGACGGCGAGAAUGCAUCCCUGGCUGAGUCACAAUCUGACCAAUCAGGACGUGAACGCCAGCACCGUCCUGAUGCUCGCCUGCCUCGCACACGGGGUCCCGCACCCCAACAUCACGUGGUACAAAAACAGCGUCGUACUGGAGGAAGGACCAGGAAUCAACCUGCAGAAGGACGGAGCGCUGAUCAUCGAGAGGGUGAAGAAAGACGACGAGGGUCUUUACGAGUGCGUGGCCAGCAACAGCGAGGGCGUGGUCAAAAGCGCCGCUUUGGUCACCGUGCUCGGCGAGGAAGGGAAGCCAAACGUGGAGGUCAUCAUUCUGGUGUGCACCGGGGCCGCCGCCACCUUCCUCUGGCUCAUGCUCAUCCUCUUCAUCCGCAAGCUCCGCAAGCAACCGGCACAAUACAAGAUGGGUCCGUCCAUCAUCAUCGACCCGGAUGAGUGUCCGCUGGACGAGCAGAAUGACCUCCUCCGCUACGACGGCAGCAAGUGGGAGUUUCCACGAGACCGCCUGCGACUUGGCAAAACUCUCGGCCACGGAGCUUUCGGAAAGGUGGUGGAGGCGUCUGCCUUUGGGAUCGACAAACUCUCCACGUGCAAGACUGUUGCAGUCAAGAUGCUGAAAGGUGGCGCGACGUCCAACGAGCGCAAAGCCCUGAUGUCCGAGUUAAAGAUCCUGAUUCACAUCGGCCACCACCUCAACGUGGUCAACCUGCUGGGAGCGUGCACGAAACCCGGAGGGCCGCUGAUGAUGAUCGUGGAGUUUUGCAAAUACGGGAACCUGUCCAACUACUUGAGAGGCAAGAGAGAGGACUUUGUGGUGUACAAGAGCCAGGACGGCAAGGUGGUGGCGUCGGGGACGGGCUGCGAGCUGAGCGAGCUGAUGAAGCGCCGCCUGGAGAGCGUGGCCAGCACGGGAAGCUCGGCCAGCUCGGGUUUCAUCGAAGAUAAGAGCUACUGCGACUCGGAGGAAGAGGAAGACGAGUCGGAGGAUUUAUACAAGCGAGUCCUGACAUUGGAAGAUUUGAUUUGCUACAGCUUCCAAGUGGCGAAAGGCAUGGAGUUCUUGGCGUCUCGCAAGUGCAUCCAUCGCGAUUUGGCCGCACGAAACAUUCUUCUUUCGGAGAAUAACGUGGUGAAGAUCUGUGACUUUGGACUGGCCAGAGACAUCUAUAAGGACCCCGAUUACGUUCGCAAAGGAGAUGCCCGGCUGCCGCUCAAGUGGAUGGCGCCCGAGGCCAUUUUUGACAAGGUCUACACCACUCAGAGCGACGUGUGGUCCUUUGGCGUUCUCAUGUGGGAGAUCUUCUCCUUGGGUGCGUCGCCGUAUCCGGGCGUCCAGAUCGAUGAGGAGUUUUGCUGCAGACUCAAGGAGGGCACCAGGAUGAGAGCUCCGGAAUACUCGUCCUCUGAAAUAUACCAGACCAUGCUGGACUGCUGGCAGGGGGAACCGCAGGAGAGGCCCACCUUCACGGAGCUGGUUGAAAGAUUGGGAGACCUUCUCCAGGCAAGCGUGCAGCAGGAGGGGAAACACUACAUACCCAUCAACACCGCCCUGCUGGCCAAGGUCGGAGACCUCCCCGCCGGCAAGCUGCCAGAGGAGACGCAGACCCGGCCCGUCUCGCAGCGCGACUCGGGGGGCACGUGGAACAUCAAGAUCCGUCCGGCAAGUGUGAAGACCUUUGACGAGGUCACCAUGGAGAGCGGGACAAAUGAUGAGCAUGGGGGCGGCCAGUCCGACAGCGGGAUGGGCCUCUCCUCCGACAACAUGAAUACUCUCAGGAGACUGGAGUCCUUGGCCGGCCGACCUCUGAGCAUCAUGGCCCUGGCCAUGAAGGCGGCGAGCAAGAGCAAAGAGUCGGUGCUGACCGACUCGGACAAGGACAGGUUCGCACCCAACGUCCCCGGGGCCCUGGACUUAAGUCUGGACGACUCGGCGUUGGACGCCGACCUGGAGUGUCACAGCCCGCCGCCCGACUACAACUACGUGGUGCGCUACUCCACGCCGCCCGUGUAGCCCCGCGUCCCGCACUGAUUGGCUCACGGCCUCGGGGGGCCUUCACUCCGUCUCGGUCGCCAUCCGCUCCUUGGCGUGGAGACGAGGAGACGGGGGUUGCUGUGGAAUGGCCGACCAGUCCGCCACCCCACAGACCUCUUGGCAAGCGUUCCACAGGUGAUGACAGGCUCAGGUAUUUCAGUCGGCUUCAUCCGCGUUUCUGGCAUCUACUGUGAAAUCACGUCACCAUCCCACUCAUGACACUAGAAGGUCCUAGAAGGUCCACAGACUUGAUUGAUCCUUUAAAUCGGGGGUGUCCUCGGAUGGGAUUUUGGAAAGAGACCAAAGCCAACCCUUGCCAAUGGAUCCAUUCCAAACAGAAGCCGGAACCCACACUUAGAGCUUCUAAUUGCCGUGAAGCCGCCAUAUUGGUUUUGCCAUCAUGCUAGCUUUAGCAUGCUAACAUUAGCAUAGUCGCAUUUUCUACCAUUAUCAUGAGUAUUAACUGGGGCUGUCAAUUGAUUAAAAUAUUUGAUCGUGAUUAAUCACAUUUUGGCCCAUAGUUAACUCACAAUUAAUCGCAUUUAAUCGCAGAUGGAAAUACGUUUUUUUUAAUCUAUAAUAAGGAUCUAAAUACUCUUUUCUUUCUCAGUUUCCCCAUCAAUAUUUGUUCCAGCCUGUGGCUACAGAGUUACCGUGCUUCAACCAAACUACGGUGGGGGGCCAAGGGUCAAACGAGAGGGGCGCACGUUAAUAGCGAAUCAAAAAAUUUGCCGGCAUUAAAGGGAACUUCUGUUAACGCGUCAUUAACUUUGACAGCCCCGGUAUUAACAUAUACAGACACUUAGCGCUAACAUGCUAGGUGUUGUUUUUUUAUACUUUUUUAUUAUUCCAAUCAUGCUAGCUGUUAGCAUAGUAACAUUUUUUUUGUCGUUUUCACUUUCAGGCACCUAGCGUUAUCAUGUUAGGUUUAGCAUCACUAACAUACUAACAUUAGCAUAGUAACAUUUUAGCUGUUUUCAUGAGUACAAGCUUAUAUAAACAUUAAUGCUAUCAUGUGUUAGCGAUAGCAUGCUAACAUUAGCAUAAUAGCAUUUUUUACAAGUGUUAAAGGCCUGCCAUAACUUCUUGUGAGCUCACUCGUAAACAAACAUUCCCUUUCCAAGGCGGACAUUUUGUUGCCUGCGGGUUGUACCAAAUGCUCAGCGAUGAGCACACCAAAAAACCUGGUUUUGGAAAGGUUUGUCAGACAAACCAAUGAAAACCAAGCCCCGCUGUGGACACCCCCGCUUUAAAUGGAGUUCCUCUUCCUGCGCGUUGAAUAGUUUGUACUGUUUACCACAAUGAGGUGUUCCCCCAUGAAACAUGAAGUAUGUAUUUAUUUCUAUUGUCCACACUGUCACUAGAGACGUUGUGUGUGGCGUGACGCCUAACCAAAGGUUGCACGCGUUGAAUGACGGGAAGGAUCGGGGCGGGUUCGCUGCGUCGCUGUGCUAAGGAAAGGGCUUGCGGGGCAGGCCCCACACGGGGGCGUGAAGUCGGCUCUCGCGUUGUUUUGUCAGGUCAAAUCCCCUGGUUUGAAAACGGUCAUACACACCUCCUUUCACGGCUACACAGGCAUCGGCUAGCUUAUCAUUACUACGUGGAACGUUUGACGAGCAGAGGAGAUGAUUAUGCACUGAUACUUUAUAUAUAAAUAUAUAUAAAUAUAUGAUGUUUUUGUAUUCUAAUGAUACAUAUGUUGUAUUUGGGUCACACGUCUUCAUACAUUUAACACCUAACUCCUUCCGUAGCCUUUUUAACAUUUGGCAGUAUUUUUCUACUUUUGUUGUAAAGUCCAAGCUUCGUGUCGGCAUGUUUGAUAUGACGUAUGAAUGCGUCUGACCUGCAUUGUCUUCUUCAUGGAACACACAGUAUGUAAUUAAUAAGCAUGUAAUAACCUGCAGCAGUUAUCUUUCAUACGCCUUCUUUCAUUAUUGUUCUUCCCCGACACUGUUACUGGACAUAUGAAGGUUAUGAAUAAAUAAAGAUUUAUAUAUUUAUACUUGAAAUGCUCUCUUGCCUCAUCACUUCCAACUUAAAGCUGGACCUAUGAUGACAGUUGUGGCCUCCUGUAGAGCAGCUACCCACAAUAACCCGCACAAAUGAACUUGCUUAAAGUGAUGUUAAAUGUUCAGUUGUCAUUUGUAAAUACUUUUUAUCUCUAAAAUGUGUUUUGUGGUAACAUUUUGGGGUGUCUGGAACAGAUUAAUUGGAUUUACAUCAUUUUCUAUGGGAAAACUUGCCUUGGUUAGAGUCCCUUUUGGUUUAGGCCGGCCCUUUUUGGAAGAUGAAUAAUGCUAACCAAGGCACCACUUUAUUUUACUUGGCUUCUUCCAGAGACAAUUUCAAAUGACUGUUGACAUUUUUACAUUUCAAACUUUGUAAAGGAAUACUGAUUCAAGUAGGAUUCCUGAAGUUGUGGAAUGGAAUGUAAGUUUCAGGAAUUGUCCUCCAUGGUGACGAAUGUAAGUACAUCCAAGACAGAGUAAGUACAUCUUUUAUUUUAUGAGAGUAUAUUUAGUGCUGUUAAUGAGGCAAGAUGACCUGUACGACAUGGGUGAG